AACGACUCUAACGACUACAACGGCUCUAAUGACUACAACGACUCUUUGGUGAUCCCGGUUCUGUACACCCUGAUCUUCAUCCUCAGCCUGGUGGGGAACAGCUUCCUGCUCUGGGCUCUGCUGGUGCGGGAGAACCUGAGGAAGACCACCACGCUCUUCCUUCUGCAGCUGGCCGUGUCCGACCUGCUGCUCACGAUGACACUGCCCUUCUGGGCCGUCGAUCACCUGCACCACUGGGUCUUCGGCACGCCCGGCUGCCACCUCCUCGUCUUCCUCUUCUUCCUGGGCUUCUACGGCUACAUGGCGUUCCUGGCGGCGGUGACGGUGGACCGCUACCUGGCCGUGGUCCACGCCGUGCGGAUGCUGCGGCUGCCGUCUAGGCUGUGCGUCGCGCUCUCCAGCGCCUCCCUGUGGCUGGUGUGUGUCAUCGCGAGUGUUCCGGAGGCGGUGCAAUCUGAGACUGCGGAGGACGGGGGCGAGACGCAGUGCCGGGCGGUGCGUCAGUCGCUGCACCUGGAGCUGCUGGGAUACGCCGUGCAGGUCAGCCUGUUCUUCCUCCUCCCCUUCGCCCUCAUCCUCUUCUGCUACGCGCGCAUCUGGGCCACCGUGUCCAGGUGCAGGUCGGCCAGGCGGGCGCAGGCCGUGCGGCUGAUCUUCUGCAUGGUGCUGGGGUUCUUCGCCUGCUGGGCGCCCUACAACGUGGUGCUGAUCCUGGGCGCCUUGCAGCUCCUGGGCUGCCCCGGGCUGACGGGGCCUGAGGCCGAAGAGAGGCUGGCGUACGCGUACUACGUGUGCCACGCCCUGGCCUACUGCCACUGCUUCCUCAACCCCGCCCUCCACGUCUUCGGCAGCGGAAGGUUCCGCAGCUACCUCUCCGUCCGUCGCCACAGCGACCGGGGGAGGAGCCUGACACUCAGCACUCAGCACAGUGUCCAGCGAGGUUCCACCUCCCGUCAGUGAUGUGCUGUGGGUGCAACUGCAGAAAAACAAAGAAGGAAAAAAUCAGAAGCGGGGAUGGGGAGAUUGGGACAUCCUGAAAUACUUG